GCGCUUAGUACUUCUGACUUUCAUGGCCGUCUUUGGCCUCUGGGUGAUUAACAAAGCAGGAGGGCUUGUCUAUCAGCGUAAUUUCGCAGAUGGACUCGCUCAAUUGACAUCCAACGAAUAUUUAGUACUUUCAGGAACACUUCAUGGUAUUCAUGCCAUCACAAGUCGGUUGUCGCCCACGGGCUCUAGUUCUGGUGCACAAGUUAUUGAAGGGGAAUCAUUCAAGAUGACCAUUCUUUUGACAGCUACUGGGACGAAAUUUGUGUUAUUAACUUCCCUUGCCGAACCGACCGCCGAUACUUUACUGCAGAAGAUAUAUGAAGCUUAUGCUGACUCAGUUAUGAAGAACCCUUUUCACACUCCCGAAAUGCCCAUUCGAAGUGAAGGAUUUGACUCACGGAUAACUGCCCUCCUUGCAUGAUACUGUUGAAGGACGUGCUACAUGCGUGCGGGGACACUACCGAUCAGUUUCGAGAUCGUCUUUAUUCCCAUUCUAGUGGCUAUGGAUUAUAUAGUAUUGCUCUGAGUUAUAGAGCUCGUUCAGGAAGAGGACCGGCAGUUAACUUCAAGAUUUUCAAUUUCUUGUGAUGGUUAUGUUGUGUGAGCUGCUGCGUGCUGUGGCCCACUGUAUAUUCCACCGAUUGCUUCGCCUAUACUCCGCUACGGGUGAUGUACCCAAUCCCUGUGGAUCCAUAUGUCUAUGUUCGAAUGCAUCAAUUCUUUCACCGAGUAA